AUGAAAAUUUCAGGUUUUCUCUUGAUCUCUCGCGGGUCGGCAGAAGUCACCUGGGAAUAUGAUGGAAUCAAGAAAGAGAUUUUUGACGAGCACUUGAAGAUGUGGGAUGUCUUUAGAGAUCCAGUAACUGGACUGUACUGCGAUAGUGAGAAAAUUGAUAGUGGAAGGAGAUGUGGAAGAUGGGGUAAUUUGUACAAUCAGGGAGCGACUGGAUGGGGUCUCCAAGUUAAUUGCAUUGAGGUCGAACUUGGAAUCCGAACAAGAGAAGAAGGCAUCAAAAGAUCGCUCCAAACCAUCCAGUCGUUCAAAAAUUGGCCUCGAGAUCCAUGCACUGGGAUGUUCUCGCGAUUUACUUCGAGAAAAUGGCAAUUUUCUGGCGAAUGGGCGACGAUUGGAAGUGCUUUGGCAACAAGCGGAAUGAUGUUUGCUGGCAAUUAUUUUGGAGGGGAGGUGUUGGAAGAAGCGAGGAAGUUGCUAGACGUUUCUGCUUACGAUAGAACUGUUGUGGCGAAUGAUUCGAUUUCGAUUAUGAUGGUGGCAGAUGGUGAUGACACGAUGAGCGCUACAAAUGCAGCACUUAGUGAGUACGCCGCUCUUGCUUACCUAGCUGCCGUGACAGAGGAUUCCGAAGUUGAUACAAAGUGUGCCCAAUUCCACGAAAAAUUCCACACCUCAAUUAACGGCGCCGACCCAGCUGGAAUGGCCGAGCAUGGUCGACCUGAUCGUUUCGACUACUUUGGACACGAUGUCAUUUCCGGCCCGUAUGGUCCUUACAGUACCUUCACUCCGCUUUUCGCCUGGCUGUCGAACAGGGCCCUUCGUGUUGGGGAAGAAAACAAGGCUUUCUGGAAGAACGCGCUGAACAACUGGUAUCUAUCGGAACUCGAUUCUUUCGAAGAAUUCAACUCCGAUCCCGACCAAGUCAUGUGGAGUCUUGGAAACAACGCUACUGAUCGUGGAGAACCUGUCAACAUUCACGGUAAAGUCUUUGGCUGUGGAGCCGGCUCAUCUGCUGGAGGAUACGAAGCAACUACAAUGAAAAAUAACGAAUUAAAAACUUACAGCCCGCAUAUUAUGAUGGCCUUUUUGAGAGUCGUUGACGAUGGUGCUAAGGUUGACAUAAAUGACAAAAUCGAGUAUUUAUGGACAACAAAAGCCGGCCGAUCGAGGAAAGAAUGGGGUCUUUUCAAAGAGAAACAAGCCGACUUUCUUUGGAGAAAUUCCCUUCUGAAUCCUGAACUUCAAAUUAAUCGAGUCGAAGCGGUUGAUUACGGAUCGGGACUCGUCGGUUAUGCCGCUAAUUUCUUGCCUGAUUCUUGGUUUGAACAGUUUAUGAUUUGA